UCAAAAUUUAUAAAUCAUCGAACAUCUUUUAAUAUAGGUCAGUUGGCUUAUAAUGGUAGUUUCUGAGCUAAUUAUUAAUUUUUCAACAGAUACUGCAACAUAUGUAACGUUUUUUGGUUUUAUCUUGCUCCUGCCUUCUCAACCUUUACGAAUGUAUAUGAUCCCUCAGGUUGUACUAAAUGGUUUCCAUAAAUUUUAAAACUGAAAGUCAAAAUAAAUAAAUCCUUCUUUGUUUAUGUUUAUAAAAUAAAUGUUUGCGCGUAACUCACACAUCUGAUUUCCGUCAAAACAUUUUAUGAAGCUAGGAUAUAUAUAUAGUGAAACAGGAUAGUAUACGACAUAUUGGUAUUUAUGUUACCAGCAAUUUCUUGAUUUCGAACAUUUUUUUCAUCUAUGUUAUUUGAAAUCGAUAUUAAAGGAACUGCGCUUAUAUAUUUCUUCUUUAUAAUCGUUUUCUCUAACUUUUUCGACUCGAGCUCAUAAUGACGCCGGUCCUGUACCGUACGAGGGGGCGCUCUACUACAGCUUGCCAGCUGCCCAGACCGCAUGCGUCACUACUCCUGGAGCAUCAGAAGUCUCGUGCAGUGUCUCAUUCAGGAAUCUGCCAGCAGCACAAACAGGUCAUUUGUCAGCUGCCGGUGUAACUUGCGGGACUGUGGGCUUCAAACCAUAUUACAUAAAGCAUGAACUACUGACGGAUCAGGACUCAGUAUGACGGAAACUGUUCUUGUUGCCGAUCCAAGUCGGGAGAACCAUACUUUGUCACCUGAAGUGUCAAACGUAAGCGUGACGGGGCUGACAGAACAGCCGGAAUCAUGGGAGAAUGUUGUUUCUGUAGUAAUUAAAACGUGUGUUAUGUGUAUAAUCAUGGUUGCUGCGGUGUCUGGGAACUCACUUGUGAUUGUUAGCGUAUUCCGACAUCACAAACUCCGGAUCACCACAAACUAUUUCAUCAUGUCCUUGGCUUUCGCCGAUACUCUAGUUGCUCUCCUGGCCAUGACUUUCAAUGCUAGUAUUAAGAUUGCAGGACGUUGGGCUUUUGAUCAGACUACAUGCGAUAUUUGGAACUCUUGCGACGUACUUUUCAGCACAGCGUCCAUCAUGCAUCUCUGCUGUAUCAGUGUGGACCGGUACUACGCUAUAAUCAGACCAUUAGAGUACCCAACCAAGAUAACCAAUAGAACUGUAGCUAUCAUGCUAGCUUGUGUGUGGGUGUCCUCCGCACUGAUUUCCUUCAUUCCCAUCUUCCUGGGAUGGUACACCACGUCAGAUCACAUGGAGUACCGUAAGCUGCAUCCUGAAGCAUGUGACUUCGUAGUCAAUAAACCUUAUGCUAUCAUCUCUUCCAGCGUUUCGUUUUGGAUCCCAUGUUUCAUAAUGCUCUUCACUUACUGGAAGAUCUAUUUGGAGGCUAACAGACAAGAACGGAUGAUCUAUCGUUCUCAGCUGGGACCAGAAAUGUUGCCGCCCCCUGUUAACACUCGGGCAAGCACUGAUCAAACUUCCCUCAGUCUGCAAGCAAACCAUAACCACCACCUUCACAGGAACUCACAGUGUGAUGAUCCUGAAAGCGGUCACUCAACCCCAACCAGAAGGAACAUUAGCAGGAUGAAGAGGGAACACAAGGCGGCUAAAACAUUAGGAAUAAUCAUGGGAGCCUUCAUCUUGUGUUGGCUACCGUUCUUCUUAUGGUAUGUGACUACAACCAUGUGUGGAGAGGCCUGUUCAUGCCCGGAUAUUGUAGUGGAUAUUGUCUUCUGGAUAGGCUACUUUAACUCUUCACUCAAUCCUGUCAUCUAUGCUUACUUCAAUCGUGACUUUCGAGAAGCCUUCAAAGAUACCCUAUACGCAGUCUUCUGUGCGUGUUUCCGGUCAGAAUGGAAGGCCAAACAGAGGCAAAACAACGCCAUACAAUUUAACUGCACAUAUAGGUCAUCGUAGAACAAUGUGCGACAGAAGAGAGAUACUUUCGUCUCCAGUGGUCAAUAAAUUUUCUAGGACCUUAUUCGAAACCGAAAGCAGUCUGCUCGAAAUUAUUCCCAGGUAUGUGCGAAUGUAUAUUGUGAGUGGAACGUCUUUCAAAUGGAUAAACUGAUGAACCUUCGACGAUGACCGAUUUGCUCGAAAGCAGUCCCUGAUGUUUAAUAAUAGAGAGCAGAACAUCCUUCUAGCGAAUUAACCCAUGAACCCAAGAUGAUACAUUCCAAUUGAUCUCAUUUAGACAAAUUUGGUAAUAUCCUCAUUGAAGUAGCAUGAAGAUGGAGGGUCAACAAUAACUUCUCACCAAUCACUUACGUUACAAUGUGUAUUCAAGUCUCAACAAUAUAAUCAUGCUGAUUUCGCAGGUGGAUAUUUAUUUCUCCUCAUUAACUUAAUUGGUGACGCUUGAAUAGUGUAUUCAACUACAAACAUUUUAAUCGUGCUGAAUUUCAAUGGUGGAUAUUAAUAGUAACUGCCUUUACGUCUAACUGGUGUUAUUUCAGUUAUGAAAUAUUACUGAUUUUAAAGGUGGAGAUCCACAAUCGGUUUCUCAACAAAAUCACUGGUGUCAGAUAAAAAAUAUAUCUUAUUGAACAACUGAAUCAAACUUUGCCAGCCGAGGCUUAACUUUUUUCUCUCAUCGACAUCUCUGGUGUUAGUUGAACAACUUAUUCAUUUUGAUUUAAGUUGUGAAGGUACAACCGUGUUUUUACUAUUCAGCUCACUAGUGUUAUUUCAACAAUAUGUUCAAAUUAAACAAUGUAAUCAUACCGGUAUUACAAAUCUUACUUGGUUAAUGAAUGUUUACUGGUAUCAAUUUAUCAGUUAAACUGGUAAAUGCUGAUUUUUAGUUUUCUGCUAAUUCAAAUGUUGAAUGGUCGACAAUUAUAUGAUCCCAACAUUUAAAACGCCACAUCGUCGUCACUGAUUAAUUAAGUCUAGAAUAAUCCUUGAGGAGGAGCAAUUGGAACCAAACGUUAUGCUCAUGCUAUAACACCAAGUUUAGUAAAUAGAUCUCAGCGUUAUUCGAUAUACCGUGGAAAUAACACAAGCAAAUAUACUGUCUCCAUGCGUGAUGCUGAAUAUGACAAUCAAACAUAACCAACAGCUUAAUCGAUUAAGAAAAGCAAAAACAUUAACAAUUAUGAAACAGCAAAUACUCUAACUGUGUCGAGGUAAAUUAAUCAACUUUUCUUUGUGUGACAUAUAUGAGAGCCAGUAAAGUUUCCCAUAUGAGAAUAGCACCUUACUUAGUCCUAAUAUUUUUUUAAAGAAAAGAAACGUACUCUGAACUCAGUGUUGUUUUGAGAUAAUGUAUCGUGGAAAAAUUAACAACCAGGAUAGCUGAUGCUUCAAAAUAGGACUUUGUUAUUUCCUCUAAUCAAAGAACAAUCAGAAAUUGGAAAUCAACCACUAUUCUAGUUAUUGAAGACUAUUUAAUGUAAUAUUCAUGUGGAGAGAUGAAUACUUGGAAUGUUUGUCACCAAAAUGUAACUUCGUAAAAGAUAUCUUUUAUCUUCCUUAGUAUUUCUUUUUUCUCCAGAAAGUUAACUGAUAAUUUUCACAUCAACACAUGAAUGUAAG